CAUGGCGGCCGGGCCAGAUUGAGCCGCUCGCAUCGGGGCCUCCAGAGCCGGGCAUGGGGGGGGCGCAGCCUCAGCGCCCCUAGGGCAGCAGCCAGUGAGGCUGACAAUAAUAGCUGAUAUUCCUAAGUGCAACCAUUGUGAAGCAAGGCUGAGCAGACAAUCAGCCAGUUUCCCGUGCCCAAACAGUCGAUUUUAAUCAACAUUAUAUUACUGGAGAAUUGCGUUUCAAGCAGUCUCAAGUGACAGAAGAAGCAGGUCUUCACUAUAAUGGAAGAGGCCAAGAGCUCAAAAAAUGGAAAUCAUGACCCAAGAAAGUCUACCCGUGUUGUCUGUGAAGAAGGCAAAGCAGUCAGAGUUAUAAACAAUCAGAAUUAUAAACACAAUAGAAAUGAUAAAUCUGUAAAAGAUGUUGGGAGAAGUUCUCCAAGUGGGAGCAGUAGCAAAAAGAGUAAACAAAAUGAUGUUUGUUCUGAAAAAUCAGGAGAAAAUAAAUCAUGUAAAGUAAAUAGUUGCAUUCCUGGAUCUAAAGAUAUGGGGUCAAACCUUCAGGAUCGAAGUCAUGGCAAAGCAAAAAAAAUAUCUAAUUUACCAGCAACAGUAGAAAACCUGAAACAGACAAAAGUUCAGCAGACAGGAGAAAACUCUCCAAGCUCCCAUAUUUCUGGGAAUGGAAUCAGUAUGGAAACCUUACCAGCUACACAAAGAGGGAAAUUGGUAUUGGAAAAUCCACCAGGAGUUCAUAUGUCAAAAACAAGCACGGAUCAGACUGGUGACUCUGGUAAGACAGUUUCAAAUCAAAGAACAGUGGAGCACAAGUCUGAUGACUUUAGCAAAAUGAAGAAUCCUGAAUCAGCUAAAGAACAUAAUUUGGAGGCUGAGUAUUUAGAAAACACUGCUGUAAUUGAUGAGUCUACUCUGACAGCAGAACAGCAGCUAGGCUUGAAACAAGCAGAAGAGCGACUGGAAAGAGAUUAUAUCUCCCGACUAGAAAAACGCUCCCCAGAAUAUGCCAACUGCCAGUAUCUAUGCAAACUCUGCUUGGUUCACAUUGAAAAUAUCCAGGGAGCUCACAAGCACAUUAAAGAAAAACGCCAUAAGAAAAAUAUAACGGAAAAACAGGAAGAAAAUGAGCUGCGUGGCCUCCCAGCUUCCUCCCCUGCACAGGUGGCUGCUUUGACUUUUACACUCAUGGAGGCAGCAAAUGAACAAGGCAUAUCAGAUGAUGACUUCAGAAUCCGCCAAGAAAUUGUAAACGAGAUGGAGAAGAUUAUUCAACAGCCCUUACCAGAGUGUUCACUGAGGAUGUAUGGCUCCUGUCUAACUAGAUUUGCUUUUAAAACCAGUGAUGUUAAUAUUGACAUAAAAUUUCCCUCCAAGAUGAGUCACCCAGAUGUUCUGAUACAGGUGCUUGACAUUUUAAAAAACUGUGCUUUUUACUCAGAUGUGGAGUCAGAUUUCCAUGCCAAAGUUCCUGUUGUCUUUUGCAAAGAUGUUAAAAGUGGUUUAACUUGUAAAGUGAGUGCUAGAAAUGAUGUGGCCUGUCUUACAACUGACUUGCUGGCUGCACUUGGCAAACUGGAACCUGUCCUUGCUCCCUUGGUGUUGGCUUUCCGCUACUGGGCUAGAUUGUGCCAUAUUGACUGCCAGGCAGAAGGUGGGAUUCCCUCAUAUUCUUUUGCCUUAAUGGUGAUAUUUUUUCUUCAACAAAGAAAACCACCCAUUUUACCAUCCUAUUUAGGCACUUGGAUUGAAGGCUUUGAUUUAAAGAGGGCAGAUGACUACACACUGAGAGGUAUAGAAGAGGAGAAGUUUGUAAGAUGGGAAUACAAGCCAACAAAUAAUGGAGCGGGGAAAAAUUCAAGUGGUGUAGAAGGCAAAGCCAAAGCUGAACAGCAAAAAGGUGGUAAGAAGUCAACAAGCUCAGAAACGGACAACCAAAGUAAUGCGAAGGAGAAACAUGGCAAAUCUCCCUUAGCAUUUGAAAAACCCCACCAAAUAUCCCUGGGGCAACUGUGGUUAGAACUGUUGAAGUUUUACACACUGGAAUUUGCUUUGGAGGAAUAUGUCAUCAGCAUACGGGUACAAGAACUCUUAACCAGAGAGAACAAAAACUGGCCUAAAAGGCGAAUAGCCAUUGAAGAUCCUUUUGCACUAAAGAGGAAUGUUGCACGAAGCCUAAAUAGCCAGAUGGUGUUUGAGUACAUCCUAGAGCGAUUCAGGACAGCGUAUAAAUAUUUUGCAUGUCCACAAACUAAAGAUGGGAUUAAAUCCAAAUCAGAUACCAAGAAAAAAGAAAAGGAAAAAAUUAGCAGCAAGAAAGAUGCAAAAUCUGGAGAACCUGUAGCCAACUGUUGCCUUCCACAGGGAGAAAAUGUUUUAGAGAAACAGAAUGCAGGAAAUGGAUGUAGUAUACAUGAAUAUGAACUUGAAUGUAAUGAAAUGGAAUUUACAUCCAGGAAAUGUAUUUCUGAGAACACAGACAGUUUGUUAGUAAAUAAGACAGAUGCAUUGGACUCCAAUUAUGAUGAAGACAGAGAGGAAACAGUAUCUCUUAUUUCUAAAGAAUGCUGUGAAUUAAAGCAAAAAUCACUCAAAGAGAAAGAUGAUCUAGAGCUUUCAGAAAUUUGUCUAAAUAAAGACAAGCUAAGCCACCAUUGUAAUUGCAGUGAACGUUGGUUCCAUGACCCAAAUUCUGUUAAUGAAUUUGUUGAUGUUGAAAGUGGACAGAGUUCAGUAAUGGAGUGUUCACAGAAGAAUAAGUGCACUAGCACAUCAGCUACCUCGCACAACUGCAAAGCAAUGGUAGAUGUUUGUAACCUUAAAGAUGAAGAUAAACUCUCCAGAGAAGAAAUGCAUUAUGUGUUUGAUAAAUUUAUUUUAACUUCUGGAAAGCCUCCAACUAUAGUAUGCAGCAUCUGCAAACGUGAUGGCCAUUCCAAAAAUGACUGCCCAGAGGAUUUUAAGAAAAUUGAUCUAAAACCACUACCACCAAUGACAAACAGAUUUCGGGAAAUACUUGAUAUAGUGUGUAAGAGAUGCUUUGAUGAAUUAUCACCUCCUUUCUCUGAGCAACAAAACAGAGAACAAAUUCUGGCAAGUUUGGAAAGAUUUAUUAGAAAAGAAUACAACGAUAAAGCCAGACUGUGCUUAUUUGGCUCUUCAAAAAAUGGAUUUGGAUUCCGGGACAGUGAUCUGGAUAUCUGCAUGACCUUGGAAGGCCAUGAAAAUGCAGAGAAACUAAAUUGUAAGGAAAUAAUUGAAGGUUUGGCAAAAAUUCUUAAAAAGCAUCCAGGUUUAAAAAACAUCUUGCCUAUAACAACAGCCAAAGUGCCUAUAGUAAAAUUUGAACACAGACGCAGUGGCUUAGAGGGAGACAUCAGCUUAUACAAUACUCUAGCACAGCAUAACACAAGAAUGCUGGCUACAUAUGCAGCUAUUGAUCCUAGAGUGCAAUAUUUGGGAUAUACAAUGAAAGUUUUUGCUAAGCGCUGUGACAUUGGAGACGCAUCCAGAGGAAGCCUAUCUUCAUAUGCCUAUAUCCUUAUGGUGUUGUACUUUCUGCAACAGAGAAAUCCCCCAGUUAUCCCAGUUCUUCAGGAGAUAUUUGAUGGAAAACAGAUUCCUCAGAGAAUGGUUGAUGGGUGGAAUGCCUUUUUCUUUGAUGACAUGGAAGAGCUGAAGAAGCGUUUGCCUUCACUUGGAAAGAACACUGAGUCACUUGGAGAACUCUGGUUAGGGUUGCUGCGAUUCUACACUGAAGAAUUUGACUUCAAGGAAUAUGUGAUCAGCAUUCGGCAGAAGAAACUACUAACCACCUUUGAGAAACAGUGGACAUCCAAAUGCAUUGCCAUUGAAGAUCCUUUUGACUUGAAUCAUAAUCUUGGUGCUGGAGUCUCCAGAAAAAUGACCAAUUUCAUAAUGAAGGCAUUUAUCAAUGGGAGAAAACUGUUUGGUACCCCAUUCUAUCCAAUCCUGGGAAGAGAAGCUGAAUACUUCUUUGACUCCAAAGUAUUGACAGAUGGGGAGCUGGCACCCAAUGAUAGAUGCUGCCGUGUCUGUGGAAAAAUUGGUCACUACAUGAAAGACUGUCCAAAAAGGAGAAGGCUGAAGAAGAAGGAGAAUGAGAAAGACGAUGAAAAAGAAGUGAAAGAAGAGGACAGGGAGACUAGAGAGAAGAGAUGUUUCAUCUGUGGGGAUGUGGGACAUGUUCGAAGGGAUUGUCCUGAGUUCAAACAAACUCGACCGAGAAAUAACAGCGUGCCAGGUGCCCAGUUGGUCCGAAGCCUGGUAAAUGCACAGCUGGUGACAGGGUCAGUUCAACAGCAAGUGGAACGACCAUUACGUACCAGACAACCGUCAGAAUGUUCUGAUUCGCAUCAGUCAUCUUACUCUCCACAGCCUCAGCAAUUUACACAGAAUUCCUCUCAACCAGCCUCUAUUAACCAGGCUCAGCCACAACCAGUGUCCCAGUCUAAGCACGUUCCACAGCCACAGCAGGGUGCACAGCCACCCCAUCAGGUCCAGCUGCCUUUGUUUAACUUUACCCAAUCUCCCCCAGGUCAGUAUUCCACCUUGCAUAACCUGGGACUACUUCAGAUGCACCAUCACCACCAAAUUCAGCUUCCCAACACUUCGUGGCCUAUUCAUGGGCCCGUUAUUCAUUCUGCAGCGGGUAACCCUCCUCAUUCAACAAAUAGCAGUGUAAGCUUGAAUGAUCCCAGUAUCAUCUUUGCACAGCCUGCUGCCAGGCCCAUGGGAAUCCCCAGCACUUCUCAUGAGGGACACUGGCACAACCCCGUGACUCCAAACUCACUGGUGAACAAUGGCACUGUGGGGAAUUCAGAUCAGGGUUUCCAAGGACAGUUUGGUAAAAUGAACCCUCCUUCUGUCCCUUGGGACCAUGGGACCCCUACCCAUUUUCCUCUCCUCCGAGGAGUGUGGCCUUACAAUAUGCCUCAGAACUACAUGCAGCAGGGAAAUGCCAGCUAUCCACCGAGCAAACCUUUCUACCCUCAAGCUGGUCCACUGAUGCAGAAUAACCAGCGGUUCUCGCUUCUGUCUCAAGGACACCCACACUUGAAUAUGAAUUACAUUCAACAGAAAAAAUGAAAUGUAAUGGGAGGGGGGAGAAAAAUCAGGUUCUGAUUUAAAAUCUUAAUGCAACAUGUUUAGAUACAAGAUUAUUUAAGACUGUUUUUAAACUGUAUCAUUUGUAUAUAGAUAUGAUCUAUAGUUUUUACUAGUAUCACAAAAUUGAGUGAUACAAAUUUCAUCUAUUUUAUUACCCUAUUUUUAAGGGCAAUUGUGUUUUGUUUUAUCUUGGUAAACUGUAAAGAGAGAAUUUUUAAAAUUAAGUUCUUUAUUUUCUAUUAGCUGUAUUCAUACUUUGGUUGCUUCAGACUUUAUAUAUAUUGUUCUAAAAAUAAAAUUAGAAAGGGAUUUCAUGUGUUUUAAAAAAAAUUGUC